GUGGUGACUGACGUGUGAAGUACUAACACAAUCCAGCCAAGUUGAACUUCCAGAAGCUUGCAGCUGCAAUACAACCCAAGUCCCAGUGUCAGCAACAGACGUCUCAGUAUCGGUAACAGAGGUCCCAGUGUCAGCAACAGAAGUUUCAGUGUCAGAGAGUUACCGUGAUGGGUCAGGGAGGAGAAUGGAGGAUCCCGGAGCUGUUGGCGAUAAAGAGUGAAGGUCAGGAAUUCACUGACGACCAGAUCGCCUUCCUCGUACGUGCCAUAUGUGACAAGUCCAUUAUGGACGACUGCCAGUUAGGAGCCUUACUCAUGGCGAUUAAGGUGCGAGGGAUGACAGACAGGGAGACGGUCGCUCUCACCAUCGGCAUGGGACUCAGUUCCGUGCUGUCGCCUAAGGAUCGGUGUUGGGGGACACACAAAAUAUGGGUGGGCGAUAAGGUGUCAUUCGUUAACCCCAGCUCUGGCAGCUUGGGACUCAAGGUGCCCAUGAUAAGCGGCAGAGGGUCUGGCAACACUGGUGGCACCCUUGAUAAGCUCGAAAGCAUCCCAGGGUUUCGGGUGAAUCUAAGUGAGGAGGAGAUACAUGGCACUGGAGUGAGGCUGUGCUGCAUCACUGGUCAGACCUCAAACAUUGUGCCUGCCGCGCGCAUGUACGCCGUCAGGGACGUCACCUCCACGAUCACGGCCUUUCCCGCUCAUUGUGUGUACGAUCAUACAGUUUUUCAUUACCCUCAACACGCUCUUGUCCGCUCUUAUAUUUUCAACUUUCAGUUCAUUUGUAGAUCGUUGGUAAUCGACGUGAAAUAUGGUCGAGGUGCCUUUAUGACGACGAAAGAAGAGGCAAAGAAGCUGGGACACGAGCUGGUGACGGCGGCCAAGGGUUUGGGCAUGAAAGCCAGUGCCAUCAUUUCCAAAAUGGAUAUUCUCCUCGGCAAGACAAUAGGCAACUCUUCGAGGUCAGGAGGUCUGGAUUGUAUGCGAGGCCAGCCUCGAAGCCUCCAAGAGUUAGUAACACAUUUAGGUUCGGAGCUGCUGGUGAGCUCCGGAGUAGUGACGUCCGUGGAGGAUGGCCGCGUCACAAUGAACCGUCUCGCUGACGGCUCCGCCAGGGCAACUUUUUGUAAGAUGCUCCAAAGCAGGUACUUGAGUGAGGAGGUGGCGAAAUCAUUGUGUGGAGACAAAAGGGACUACCACCACCUGCCGUGCGCCGCCCACACUACCCUCGUCCCGGCCUCCACCUCAGGUAUGAAUGUUGGUGACAUGGACGCCAUGGCCCUGGCCAAGGUGAGCCUGGCGCUUGGGGCUGGCCGUAACCGUGUGGGUGAACCAAUCAACUAUGCUGUCGGCAUCGUCCUGCAUAAAGUUGUGGGGGAGAGUGUGAAGGAAGGGACUUGGGCGGAGUUGCACCACGACGGACCACUACCUGAGACUGUCCUUGCCAACACCCAGGCUGCUCUCAUUAUCAACCCCAAUGCCACACUUUGAAGAAGUAUCUCUGAUUGCUGCCCGAGUUGUCUAGAGAUGUCUUUAAAUUACAGGACCUUAUUGUAAGGCUCCAUUUUAUUUGACCGACUACUUUUGCUUCUCAUCUCUCAGGAGAACCACUUUCUGCUUCUCCCACCUAAUAUCCUUACCAGUGAGAGAAAGUCUGACUGAUAACCAGCAGGAUAUCUCAGCAGGGCGACAGGACAAGCUCUAGUAGACAAAAGUUGACGAAAGAAUGCCAGUGUGACGCCACCUUAACUUUUUCUUGGUAUUAAAGCCAACACAUGGAAGUUUUUAUGUUUAAUAAUGAUAAAGUUAAGUUUUAUAUCCUUCAGACCGAAAAUAAAAUAGAUUAUACCGACAGUCGUAAUUGCAUGGGUGUAGCUGUGACCUUCAGGAGACAUUAUAGGACCGAUAUUUUGUCCUAGCCAUUCAGUCUAGAAAUAUUGUAUUGGUUGUUCAUGUAGUAUUGGGAGUUCAUGUAGAACUGUUAUCAUACCAGCGUUAGUACAGCUUGAGUUAGGAUAGAAUUAUGAUGACCACUGGGCGCCUGACUCAUGCAUACGUUGAUGAAAAAUUGCCCAUUAGUUUCGGCGUCGUUUGUCCAAGGUAUAGCUUAUUUUCCUACGGUAUGAUUUUAAAUAUUUUGUGAGACUUUGUCAGUGAAUGUACAGUUGUGUAAACUGUGGUUAUAGGUGUGUUGGGGUGAGUUAUGGUGCUGUGUGGACUAAGUACUUUCAAUGACUUAAAGUUUUAAUCUAAAAUUAUUUUGCAAUCUAAUCUAAGUAAAUAAAUGGUGAUUUUAUUGCUAACUCAUAUUCUUAUUACGUAAAUUUAAUUUGAGGUUACUUUUUAAUUUGACUAUUAACCUUUUCUCUCAGUGACAGUACUUUUACAGAAAUGGCAUUUUUAGUACCUUUGCAUCAGGUACAGUAGAUGACUGCGCUAAGAUAGGUGGUGCUUAUUUCAGAUUCACGGUCCACCCUGCAUUUAUUGGUUGUUAAAUGACCACCUUUUGUUUAGUAUAGUUUGUAUUAAUCAAUCACUCUGUAGCAUGAACCAAAGAAUGCUUUGUUCAUUAAUAUACAACCAAUGUAUCAUUUACCUGUAAUCGGCAAUAAAAAAUAGUAAUCUAA